AUGAAGGAUUCGGGUGUCUCGACGCCUACGCUUGGCGGAAAUGCUGCGCCCUCGUCGUCCUCUUUGGCACCCGCCUUCACCACCACACCGCCCAAGUUCCCCCUCUUUAAGCGCCUUGGAAGCAUUCGUCCCCAUCGCCGUCCGGCCACGUCUGGUCCCUCUGGAGAUUUUGCUCGCUUCAAUCCCUCCCCCGUACCGGUACCAUCCGACUAUCCUGCCCCUACCUCCGCACCUGUGUCUGCGACUGCUGCCUCCGCCCCAGGGCAAGCGGCACGUGCAGCUGCGGCUGCCGCAAACAAUGAACGUCUGCAUAAGCUGCAGCGACAGGAGGAGACGACCGCGUAUCUAGACGUGCUCCAGUCGCAGCGCGCCAUGGACGACGUGUUGAAGGAUAGCGAGAGUGGGGUUGGGAUGAAUUGCGCAUCGCCCGUAGUCAAGGCCGAGGACGAGGCGGACACAAGGUUCGAUCCAGUGCAGUAUCUCCCGUCUGAAAUUACGACGCUCAUCCUCUCGAAUCUGGACGCCCAAUCCCUCGCUCGAGCCGGAGCUGUCUCCCGCGCGUGGCAGGAAGCCGCCAAUUCGCCCUACGUCUGGAAGCAUGUUUUCCUCAGGCGGUUCAAGCCCGACGUGCAUGUUUCGCCUACCCCGAUCGCCAUGGGCGGUGCGGGGAUUGGCAAGUCGUCCAAGGGAAAGCCGGCGCCGGGACAGGACUGGAAGAAGAUGUACAAGGUUCGGAUGACGAUCAACAGGCGCUGGAAGGCAUGCUCUCCCAAUGCCAUCUACCUCAACGGGCAUACCGACUCUGUGUAUUGUUGUCAGUUUGAUGAAACCAAAUGCAUCACCGGCUCCCGCGACCGCACCAUCCGCGUCUGGGACAUGAACACGUACACCUGCCUCAAGGUUAUUGGCGGCCCCUCGCACCGCCCCGUCCCUCCAACCCACCCGGAGCUCGAAACCCACAAGGAAACGGUCAUCUCCCACCCCUCCCUUAACGGCACCCCCAAAGGGAACGCAAUCUACUAUAUUCCCCAAGAUUACCACGAACAGUCCAUCCUGUGUCUGCAAUACGACGCCACUACCAUGGUCACUGGGUCAUCCGAUCACACGUGUAUUGUCUGGGAUAUCACCUCGCCAACCCACGACUUUGUCCCCAUUGCACGUCUGGAGGGUCACACCGCCGGCGUCCUCGAUGUCGCCCUCGACGCCAAGCACAUCAUCUCCUGCUCGAAAGACGCCACUAUCAUCAUCUGGGACCGCGCCACUUUCCGCCCUCUUCGCACCCUAACUGGGCACCGCGGCCCCGUCAACGCCGUCCAACUGCGCGGCAACCUCCUCGUCUCCGCCUCGGGAGAUGGAGUCGCCAAGCUGUGGAACCUGGACUCCGGAGUUUGUGUCAAGGAAUUCCCCUCGCAGGACCGCGGUCUCGCCGCCGUCGAAUUCUCCGACGACGCAAAGUACGUCCUUGCUGGGGGCAACGACCACGUCGUGUAUAAAUUCGACGCCUCUUCCGGCAAGCUCCUGCACACGUCGGCCAAACACGGCGGCCUUGUUCGUAGCUUGUUCCUCGACGCCAACAACGGGCGCGUCGUGAGCGGGAGUUAUGACCAGUCUAUCCGGAUUGCAGAUUUCAGCACGGGCGAGGUCAUGGGCGUGUAUGAGAAUUGGACGACGAGCUGGAUCCUGUCCGCCAAGAGCGAUUAUAGGCGCGUGGUGGCCACGAGCCAGGAUGGGAGGGCUGUGAUACUGGAUUUUGGAUGGGGCGUCGUUGGGAAGGAUUGCCUGGUGGGGAAUCAGGGGGAAGAAGAGGAGGACAGGAAUGGGUGGGUUAUGGUGUAG